UUUCUGGUGGCAAAGGCGUCGAGACAGCGAGUUUUGUCUGCCGUCGUUAACUAAGCUCGACGUGCAAUGGAUAAUAAAGUAAGAGUGGCCGAUAAGGCUCUCAUUCAAGUCAUUCUACAAGAAUACCGUGACCGUUCAGUCGAUUCAAUAACUGGGCCAACAGCAAUUCGUAAAUACGAAGAGGCUACGGGCAGACAUCGAGUAUGGCCUGGCUUCUCUUCAGACAUUUUGAAAGGGCAACCCGACCAUGUUUCGUCUAGAAGGGAACUAGACAGUGCAUCGUCGUUUACGACAGCGCGAUUGCUAGCUCCGUCUGGUGUCGCCGCUGUGCGUAAAAAAACGAGUAAAGUGAAACGAACGUUGCUCGAUGGAAUACCGAUAGCUUGUUUCAAUAUUGGUGGUGAGAAAAGACUGUGUUUUGAACAACUUAGAAGUGACGUCCUAAGAGAGUUCAAUUCAAGCGAAGUGAACACAUCUCGAGAUCAUUUGAAAAUAUACUGUCCCAAAUGUGACGAAGAUCAGUUGGAAUCGUUGAAGCUAUCGAAGACGAUCGCCUGGACUGAUUCCUCAUCACUGCUUAUAACGAAAAGCGACGCAUAUAGGCUUUGUAGCGCUUUGCUGGCCAACAAGGCACCACAACGACAUGACAAGAAGUACACAAAGCCUUAUAUAGACGUCUACCAUGAGUGUUUUGGUGGAUGUGAGGGGAUUUUUGAGCCCGAAAUUUAUACCGAGCCGCAUGCGAAAUGUGUUACUUGCCUAGAAUGCUACCGUAUGUACUCCCCACGAAAAUUUGUUACACACACGCACGCAACAAUGGAGAUUCAAACGUGCCACUGGGGUAUGGAUAGUUCUAAAUGGCGAGAUUACAUGUUGCUGCCGGAUGACAAAGCAGAGGACGAAUUUAUCAAGAAACUCUGGGAGAAUGUAAAGAAACGGUUUUUUGGCACUAUUCGAAAACGCAAACUUUCCAACUCGGAAGCGGAAAGUGUAGCUGAGAGCGAGUGCAGUGAGAGCAGCGCACGAAAACGAAGCGCUUUAAAUUAUGCCGUUUCACCGAUUGGAGAACCUUCUAAAGGUACGUCGAGUAGUUCAGUGAGCUCACCAAAGGAGAACCAAGAGAAUUCUAAGAGAUCAGCAUUUCGUCCAUGGUCACCAUUGGAAGAUAGAAAUCGCGAGACACUUACCACGAGCACUUGUGACCAAAAUAAACAAACUAGUUCGAAUGAUGGACAUUUCGUAGAGCCCAACUGCUCUGUCGUUAAAGCAGUACCUUAUUCCGUACACACAGCAGCACAACCAAUUCAACCAACGUAUGUCAAUGGAAAUUAUCCAUGUGCAUUGCCUGCGGUACCUUUCCCUAACGUUAACGGUUAUCCUUCGAAUAUCACCCCGGUUAAAAGUGAAUAUCCCAUGGCGAUUUGUUCACAGGCACAAGGUGACGACUCACAUAGCCCCGUAGAAAAAUCUAGGGUUAAUGAAGAAGAGAGGAUCCUUAAACGACAGUUGAUUCAACAUGAUUUUGCCUCACCGGAACGAGUUAAACAGGUCUUAUCGAAAUAUUGUCACAGAGGACAUUUGCCGUCAGUGGACGAGCUUAGUUUUGCUCUUGCAAACGAGCUACGAGAUUGGAGCUACGGUCAAUCGAAGAUUCUAGAUGAUUUAAAGGAAAAAGGUGAUAAACUACGAGAAGAAAUGAACAGUCUGUGUCGAGACAACACGGCUAAACUCGACUCUGCUUGCGAGGAAUUGACAUACUGCCAAGAAAACCUGGAUAGACUUAAUAGAAAACGAGAUGAGGAUUUUAAAGAGUUCAAAAAGACACGCGAGGCAUUGCAAAGACAAGUGGAAAGGUUGCAAGAACAGCGUUCAAGCGAGUCAGAAAAAAUUAAGAGACUGAUGAAUCAGUUAAAUGAACGAGACACAAGAUGCCGCAUUUUGGAGAAAGAACUCGACUAUAUACGUUCAUGGUAUGUGACAGGUAGCCAAACAAAAUACACUCCUUUUCAGACGUUACCUGUUGCCGUUUACGGUGGAUCUGGCCUCCGCGAAAUGUAUCAUGGUCAAAAUGCGGUUAUUCAAGAAAUGCCAGUAUUCACUCGCAAUGGAGAGAAAUCAUCAUCGGCCCAUCGCAAUCAUGCGAAUGCUGUUGAGAGAGAUACAAGCUCAGAGCCCAACGGAAAGAAUGAACCAAAGGAGGAAAGCGAAAACCACGACUAAAUGGAAGGGUAGAAGAGAGAAAGUGAACAAAAACUGGAGAUACCUAAAAUGUAAAAAAAACUAUGUCUUUGUUAAACAUUUGUGGAAACAUUUCAAACCUCAGACGCAAAAGUGAAUUAUUAAUUCCACAUCUGUUUUUGACUAUUCUAUGAUAGCUAUGGAUUAUCCAUCAGGCGAUCAAAACCGACUUCACGUGAAUUAUUUUUUGAAUUGCAAAGGAGAAGAUCCUUGUAAAGAACUACUUAUUUUAUAGAAUCAGAUUAUGUAUAUAGUAUAAUUUAUAAAUUAUAUAUGGAUUUUAUUUGUAUAUAUGUGUUAUCUCAGAAAAAUAAUAUGUGUUUCAUUGUCAAAACUAAAA